CCGAACGCUACCCAUUUGGAAGGUCCCUCCACGACACAUAACUCCUGGAGUGGCGGAAGCGGGGGAAUCAUCCCGCGAGAUUGCAGCCUUUCCAAUGGGAUCUUGGUCUGUGGGGGCCUCACCACCGCGGAACUUUAAGCUCUCCGUAGAAUGGCUUCUGGCCAGUCGGUCUCACGUCCAGCCUGCUCCGUCUCCACUCCAACGAUUAAACAGUGUGAGAAAGCAGAACCGUCGUCACUCGUCACUCGCAGGCCGCAGCAGAGCAGAAGAAAAGGGCGGAAAAAGAUCAAUAACUACAGGGUAGGCCAUUGUUCAUUGCAGUUAAAUAUAUAUUCCAAUCUAAUGGCGUAAGAGCGGCUCGUCCUCUCACCAAAAAGGAAGGUGGCUUCUUGCUUCCAGCGCAAGAAAGAGCAUUCAGAGUCAAGCCCGGAGUCAAAAGACAAACAGUGAAAAAAAAAAGCUGGAGCGACGCCUGCCUGAAAAAAGGUUUGAGCAAGGAAGGCAGUGGGAGCAGGGAUGUCUGAAACUAGAAACGAUGGAAAGAGAAGUAGAAGGAAGAAGAAUCGGAAGGUGGAUUUCGAAAACGUGCCGGAGGAAAUCAUUUUCCUAAUCCUCGUUAACAUCCCAGCCCAUGUGCUUUAUGGCUUACGGCCAGUAUGCAAGCUCUGGACUAAGCUGAUAUCGGAACCCUCCUUCAUCGAUCAACAUCUCUCCCGUUCUGAAUCUGCUUUACUUGGUCAAUACCGUGAUCCCACUAAGGAGUGGUACAUAUUGAGCACCGCUUGUCUGGAGAAGAAGGGAGAGAAGUUCAGGGUUCGGGAUUUGAGUAUUGACCUCCCAUAUCGAUUUCGAAUUUGUGCCAGUUGCAAUGGCUUAAUCUUGUUGGACGACAUCCACCACCAGAGUGGAGAUUUAUUCGUCGGUAACCCCAUCACCAAAGAAUGUGUAAAGAUCCCUGCUAACGAUAGAUUGUCUAAUUCUUCAUACUCAUUUCGGUAUGGAUUCACAUUUCAUCCCGUCACAAGAGAUUAUAAAGUCUUAAUCUUUCAUAUGAACAAGGAUUUCCGCAUGUGUGAAAUACUCACCCUAGGUUCUGCUACAUGGAGACAUGUUACUGUGCUUGAGGAAUUUUACCCACGCACUAAUGAGCAUAUUUCUACUAAAGGCUUCCUGCAUUACUUGACGAAUUCUUUGGAAGAGGACAAGGAUUACAUGUGUUCCAUAGAUACAGCUGAUGAAACUUUUCACAGGACACCACUCCCUGUAUGUGGAAGGCAAGAUAGACUGUUGGAAUGUGGGGGAUUUUUAGCAUUUGCGACUCGAGUUGACUCCACGGCGCAGUUUGACAUAUGGGUUUUGAAGGAUUUCUGUGGGGGUGGUUGGGUUAAACAGCACACUGUUGUUCUUGAAGGUGUAAAGUUUGCCCGUAAGAGAAGCCUUAGCGUGAUUUAUCCGGUUGGAAGCUUGAAAGAUGGCAAAAUAAUAGUCUUUACAGACACCAUAUCCUUCUAUGCAGCUGAUGUUGAAUUGAAGAUAGUGAAGAGGAUUUGGAAGCUCCGGUUUGCAAAACUUCUACCGCAUGUAAAUAGCCUUGUUUCUUGCAAAAUAUUUUAGAGCCCCUUUUGAGGCUUGGGGAAUUAGAGUUGUAAUUUGGAAUGCUUUUGGUGACUGUAUUGCAACUCAAACUGUUUCAGUAGAAUUUGGGUCAAUGGAGGUAAGAGUAAUUGUGUGCAUUACAGGCUAUCUCUAGGCUGAGUACUUACAUUGAGACAUGAUGAAGGUUGACAUGGACAAAGUGGUGGUGGUUCAUAUUUUUUUAGCAACAUUGUGAAACUUGUGGUUGAAUACCUUUCUUUCCUUUAGGGCCUUGAAGCUAAUUUUGUUAAUUUGUUAAGUAUUUUAAUCAGAUUUACCAACAAAAACUAGUGAGAUGGUUCAUGUUUUGUUUUAAGAUUUUUACAGAUAGCUUGGGACGCUAAAAGAAAUCCAUUAAUAGCAAAUACAAACAGAAACAAACCAAAAAGCAUAACAAAGGCGCAUGGGUUUGACUGGUUGGCAGGAUAUAUAUAUAUUCUGGGUGGGGGAGGGGGUGGCUACUGUGACCCCUGGAUCUGAAAACCCACGAAUACAGCACUAUGGGCUGCAUUUCCCAGCCUAGCAGUAAAAUGCAACAAUGCCAACAACUAGUUAAUAUUUUUCAAUAAAUGCAGAAUAUCUUUAGAAAUAAAGAGCACAUACUUUGGUCCAUCUUCACUACUCUUGAUUGGAGUCAUCACCAGGUCCUUAACUUUCCACAACUAUAUUCUGAGUGUGGAGUUGCAAAGUAGAACUGUUCCAUCUCUUGUUGCUAAUGCCUAGACCAGUUGUGGAGAUUAUGCAACAUGCUGGCCAAACUAUGAGCAAAAAAAUUCACCUUAGCAUGAUCUCAUAAAGCCACUGUCCAUGUUCACUACAGCAGCACCCAAAAAGACCUUGUGACACCAAGCUAGCUGUCUUUCCAAGAUUUUGCAAUUCUGGCUGCACAAUUUUCCUCACCUCCAGAUAGUUGUUGCAAAAAUCAGAGAUAAUUUUACGAGGUUUAGGUAGAUUCUGAUUAAAGAUUAUACCAUUUCUAGCUUUCCAAUUUCCAUAUAUGACACAGUUCACAAUUUCAGUUGGAACAAUGAGGAUGUCCAGCUUGAUCUUUUUGUCUCUGACCUCCUCAUCCAGCCUUGAUUUAACCCAAGUGUUUUGCCUGGUCCAGGAGGACUUCCAAACUAAACACACCUUUAAUAAUUGCCAUUACUUGCAUGUGCAAUGUGUAUGGGAAAUGAUUUUUGGUUCUUAAUUAUAAAUUGGGCAAGAGGAUUGUUAAUCGUCUUCCUUCUGAAUAACUUAGAUCUCAUUGUUAAUGCAUCAUGUCGAUCUGUAUACAAAGGAAACUAGGAAACUUUUUUGUUUGGGGAAAUAGGUAGCUUCCAGAUUGUUCUCCAAUGCACCUUAGUAAAAGUAGAUUAUAUAGAACUUCUCAAGUUUUGAUCUUCCCCAUCCUCCUCAGCAAUGUUGUAAGCUUAUCUGACUGAAUUACCUUUUGAAUCUGGGUACCAACAAAGAUUGAUGGGUCAUGGGUACCUCAAAAGCUUUAUCUUGAGGAUCUCCUUUCUGAAAGCUGGUAGGAUAAGUUCAUCAAUAACUUCUAUCUUUCAUUCCAGUUUCAUUUCCUGUUGUCUGAGCCAAUUAAUUGUUCCACUUUCUCUGGAGCAUUUGGACUCAGUUUUGGUCCAAUGACAUUUUCAUCCCCAAUAGAAGGAAUUCAUGGAUAACUCCAGAUACUACUGUUUUCUCCUGUAUCAACCUACCAGCAUGCCCCCCUUAGAACAAUUUUUUUUUUAUACUAAAGACAAAAUUUCGUUGAAAGAAGAAGGUACAAGGAAGGUGAUAAGAAAUCACCUGAAAGGAGAAUAAGCAUAAAAAGCAUACAAAACACCCCUCACUUACAGGCUCUCUAAUCCUCAAACAUUCGGGACAAGAAGAGCAAAAAAAAAAGAAAGAAAAAAACCUCAACGUCCUAAUCAACCAACUCCCCCCCCCAUUCCCAUUAUCCCAAA